GGCGGGUCCAGGAGUUGUGCGCUCUCGCCCCCAAACGUGCCGCAGCGGCAGUGACGUGAGAUAGGAACGCAGACGUCCGUGGCUGUUGCGGCUCUGCAAACGGGCUGUCUGUGCUUCAAGACCGGAAUUCCUGCCGUCCCUGUGCAGCUGCGCGCGGAUUUUCACAGCCCCGGUUCCGGUCCGCGAGUACCUGGCAGCCGCGCGCCAUCUUCGCCCAGCGCCAUGGCCGCGGCCGGUAGGCCCGGAGCGGACAGACGCUGCCCUUUCGUUGGUCUCCUUUUGCUUCUGAUCGCGGGCCCUGCCCUGGGCUGGAACGACCGUGACAGAAUAUUGUUGCGGGAUGUGAAAGCUCUUACCCUCCACCAUGACCGCUAUACCACCUCCCGUAGGCUGGAUCCCGUCCCACAGCUGAAAUGUGUUGGAGGCACAGCUGGAUGUGACUCUUACACCCCAAAAGUGGUUCAGUGCCAGAACAAAGGCUGGGAUGGGUAUGAUGUACAGUGGGAAUGUAAGACCGAUUUAGAUAUUGCGUACAAAUUUGGAAAAACUGUGGUGAGCUGCGAAGGCUAUGAAUCCUCUGAAGACCAGUAUGUGCUAAGAGGUUCCUGUGGCUUGGAGUAUAACUUAGAUUACACAGAACACGGCCUGAAGAAAUUGAGAGAAUCUGGAAAAAACUAUGGCUUUAACUCUUUCUCAGGUUAUUAUAAAAAGCUGUACUCCCCAGAUUCCAGUGGCAUCAGUGGAUUGAUUACGAUCGCGGUGUUACUUGCUAUCGCCUUUGGAGUUUAUAAGUUGUUCCUUAGUGAUGGCCAAGAUUCUCCACCAUGUUCUGAGUAUCCUCCAAAUUCGCACCGUUACCAGGGAUUCACCAACUCAACAGGACCUCCCCCUCCAGGCUUCAAGCCUGGGUUCACAGGACCAUAUGGUGCAACUUCUGGUUUUGGUAGUGCUUUCACAGGACAACAAGGAUGUGAAAAUUCAGGACCAGGUUUCUGGACCGGCUUGGGAACUGGAGGAAUAUUAGGGUAUUUGUUUGGCAGCAACAGAGCAGCAACGCCCUUUUCGGACUCAUGGUACCACCCACCCUCCCAGCCCUCAUACUCCAGCCCGUGGAAUAGCCGUGCUUACUCACCAUUUAGUGGCGGCUCAGGUAGCUCUUCAGCGUGUUCAAGUUCAGAGACGAGAACCAGAACAGCAUCAGGAUAUGGUGGUACCAGAAGACGAUAAGAAAAUAAAAAGUCGAAGUCAAACGUUGGAUGCAGAAUUUCUGAUUUUCAUCACUUUCGCUAAAAAAACAAGGGCUGCUAGCUAACAACUGGGGAAGGGGAACAUUAAAAAAUUCUGUGAUGUUUUGUCUUGUAUAGCUUUUGUGUUUUAUCAUUUAAUGAGACUAAGAGUUGAUAAUAUGACGAAAUACUUCGUAGAAAAUUGUGUUAGAGUAACAUGCAGAUGUUUAUUACAACUUUUGAAAGUGAUGAUUACUGUAGAAUGCUGAAAAUGUAUUGUUUAAUUUCUAAGACGUGAUGCCAUGAAUGAAGGCUUUAUGGACACUGAGUAAAGAAAAUUUAAAUCUGGUUUUAAUUCAUGAGUUAUAACCUAAUGGAGACAAUAAUAUAUUUGGUGUUUGCUGUUCUUCAAACAUUUAAACCAAGCUUUGGACUACUAAUUAUACUGACGUGUGGGUUUUGAUUGCUUUUGAGCUCAGGAGCUUUGAAUCCUUCAGUGGUGGUGGGGUUCUGGUGAGAAUUACCUCUUUUAGAAAAAGGUAGGGGAAAAGUAUCUAGAAGGUUGGUGUGAAUGAUUGUGUGCUUAUAAAAAUUCUUGAAAACUUCUUUAUUUAUUUCUUAGGAGGUAAAGUUCACAUGCUCCAACAAUGGUCUUUAAAUAGCAAAAGCAUGCAGUUCUCUGUGGAAUUUAAAAUACUGUUGUAGCAGUCUGUCUGAAUUACAUUAAAAUGACAGAAAAAAUAAAAAUGAGAUUUUACUCUUA